GGUGAAUGCGUCGUGCUAAGGGAUCGAAAACUGAACAUAGCUCCGGCUAUCAAAAAACAAUCGAUUGUUGCAACGAAUGGUGCUGUCUAUUAUACAACAACACCACCAGCCCCGAUUAGUAAUAUGCCCAUUGAUCAAUUCGCCGCCACGGUCUAUCCGCCAGUUACUGAUUUUACAGCAGCAGGCGUGCCAACAAUUUACCCACCUUCAAUGCAAUAUCAACCAUUUUAUCAGUACUAUAGCGUGCCAAUGGUCAGUGCGGCGAAUGUACCCGCCAUUUGGCCACAAAACUAUCAAGGUAUUUACCCAUGUUAAUUUUGAGGGUACUAACGACAGCAUCCAUAACCACAACUAUGAUCACACGACUAUACUACCAACUACAACAACAACAGCAACAUUGAUGCUACUACAUUUUAUGCGUAUGAAAAAGAAAAUAUUUGUAAUUUGAUGAAUAUUUGAUGUGUUUGUGGCAGAAAAAAAUUGAAUUGAAACACAAACAAAUAGCAAAGCAAACAAAACCAAACAAAACAAUGUAAGAGACACUACAGCAACAGCAACCACAACAACAACAACAACAGCAACAACAACAACAACAACUUAGACACAACUUUACAACAAUAGCUUCCUUUACUACUACUACAACUACAACAAAAACAACAACAAUAUAUACGAGUUCGAAAACAAUAUGACUAAGCGAAAAUAUGUUUGUAAUGCAAAAAAAAAAAACACAAAAUGUUAAACCAGAAAAGCGACAUAAAACAAUAAUUUAUUUGCGACAAAUAUGGAAAUUGUUCGCUUUCUAAAGUAAGUUGUUGCGCAAUCGUCGUCAUACCGUUACACCGAAGAAGAAAAUGCAUGAUAUUAUAUUAUGGUAAGACACAAACAGACCAAAACAAACACACUAUCCCUACUAGCAGCGGCAAAAGGCAGGAGUCAGAGUCGAGAGUUUAGUCGGGUCGGGUCGGUGGUCAAGUCCAGGCGGGGAUGUUUUCGACACAACACAACCACAACAACAGUUCAAGAAAGGCUGCUCUUUAGUCAUUUAAAAACAAACAAAACAAACAAACAAA